GCACUCGCUCUCCAUCUCAUCUGAUGCUCGGUCUCUGUGAUUGGACAUCCUGAGAAGGAUGACUGGGAAAACUCAAACCAGCAAUAUAACAAACAAGACAGAUCCUCGCUCACUGAAUUCCAGAGUGUUCAUUGGUAACCUCAACACUGCUGUGGUCAAGAAAACUGACAUUGAGCUAAUUUUUGCCAAGUAUGGGAAGAUCACCGGCUGCUCUGUGCACAAGGGCUUUGCUUUCGUCCAGUAUGCCUGCGAGGGGAACGCUCGAUCGGCUGUGGCUGGUGAGAACAGCAGGAUGCUGGCUGGACAGACCUUAGACAUUAACAUGGCUGGAGAACCACGUCCUUACAGGCCAAAAGUGGGAUCCAAGCGACCUUUCUCCUUAUACAGUGGCUAUGAAUUUGAUUAUGAUUUCUACAGGGAUGAUUUCUAUACCAGAAUUUUUGACAUUCAUGGAAGACUAGCACCCUCCCCUCGGGCUAUGAUACCUAUCAAGCAUUCCCGUUUGAUUGCACUCUCAACACGCAGGACAAAAAACUCAUUCCAGCCAAAGAUGUCCACCUGCUCCUCUUAUCUAAGAACGCUGUCUUCAGUGAAAUCCGAUCAGCUCCUGACAAUCAAACAAGAACUGUCCCAGAUAAAGAUUAAGAUCGACUCCUUACUGGGAAGGCUAGAGAAGAUUGAACAGAAGCAGUUAGCAGAAGCAGACACCCACAGGAAGCACGAGAAGGCCUAUCAAUAUCUCUAUAGUGAGACAGAAGAGGAUGUGUAUCAGGAACAUCAGGAAGCGGGGUCUUGGGAAGGGACUGAUGAAGGUGACGAUGGAUAUAAUGACAGGGCUAACAGUGAACUGAUAGAAAACCACAUAUCUGAUGUAGACAACUGAGCAAGGACUGGGACCAGCACACCUAUCAAGUUUACUAUUUUUUGGAAGAUAUCCGGAUCGAAUUGUUCACCCUUUCAUGUUUAUUUAUUUAUAUAUAUGCAUUUUUCAUUCAUUCAACUGGUCAUACAUGCACAUACAUGAGUAUGUAUAGUCAGACAAAAUGAAAGGAUGAAAACC